AUGACCCCACCCCAUCCUCCCACCUUCCAUCACCCCGCUCAAUUCUCCCUCCUUCCAUCACCCCGCCCCAUUCUCCCGCUUUCCAUCACCCAGCCCCAUUCUCCCGCUUUCCAUCACCCCGCCCCAUUGUCCCGCUUUCCUCACCCCGCCCCAUUGUCCCGCUUUCCAUCACCCCGCCCCAUUCUCCCGCUUUCCAUCACCCUGCCCCAUUCUCCCGCUUUCCAUCGCCCCACCCCAUUCUCCCUCCUUCCAUCACCCCGCCCCAUUCUCCUGCUUUCCAUCCUUACCAUCACCCCGCCCCAUUCUCCCGCUUUCCAUCACCCCGCCCCAUUCUCCUACUUUUCAUCACCCCGCCCCAUUCUCCCGCUUUCCAUCACCCCGCCCCAAUCUCCCGCUUUCCAUCACCCCGCCCCAUUCUCCCUCCUUCCAUCACCCCGCCCCAUUCCCCUGCCUACCAUCACCCCGCCCCAUUCUCCCGCUUUCCAUCACCCCGCCCCAUUUUCCUGUUUUCUAUCACCCCGCCCCAUUCUCUUACUUUCCAUCACCCCGCCCCAUUCUCCCGCUUUCCAUCACCCCGCUCCAUUCUCCCGCUUUCCAUCACCCCGCCCCAUUCUCCCGCUUUCCAUCACCCCGCCCCAUUCUCCCUCCUUCCAUCACCCCGCCCCAUUCUCCCGCUUUCCAUCACCCCGCCCUAUUCUCCCGCUUUCCAUCACCCCGCCCCAUUCUCCCGCUUUCCAUCACCCCGCCCCAUUCUCCCGCUUUCCAUCACCCCGCCCCAUUCUCCCGCUUUCCAUUACCCCGCCCCAUUUUCCCUCUUUCCAUGACCUCGCCCCAUUCUCCCUCCUUACAUCACCCCGCCCCAUUCUCCUUCCUUCAAUCACCCCGCCCCAUUCUCCCGCUUUCCAUCACCCCGCCCCAUUUUCCCGUUUUCCAUCACCCUGCCCCAUUCUCCCGAUUUCCAUCACCUCGCCCCAUUCUCCUUGCUUCCAUCACCCCGCCCCAAUCUCCCUCCUUCCAUCACCCCGCCCCAUUCUCCCGCUUUCCAUCACCCCGCCCCAUUCUCCCGCUUUCCAUCACCCCGCCCCGUUCUCCCGCUUUCCAUCACCCCGCCCCAUUCUCCUGCUUUUUAUCACCCCGCCCCAUUCUCCCGCUUUCCAUCACCCCUUCCCAUUCUCCCGCUUUCCAUCACCCUGCCCCAAUCUCCCGCUUUCCAUCACCCUGCCCCAUUCUCCCUCCUUCCAUCACCCCGCCCCAUUCUCCCGCUUUCCAUCACCCCGCCCCAUUCUCCCGCUUUCCAUCACCCCGCCCCAUUCUCCCGCUCUCCAUCACCCCGCCACAUUCUCCCACUUUCCAUCACCCCGCCCCAUUCUCCCUCCUUUCAUCACCCCGCCCCAUUCUCCCUCCUUCCAUCACCCCGCCCCAUUCUCCCUCCUUCCAUCACCCGCCCCAUUUUCUCGCUUUCCAUCAGCCCUCCCCAUUCUCCCGCUUUCCAUCACCCAUCCCCAUUCUCCCGCUUUCCAUCACACCGCCCCAUUCUCCCGCUUUCCAUCACCCCACCCCAUUCUCCCGCUUUCCAUCACCCCACCCCAUUCUCCCGCUUUCCAUCACCCCGCGCUUUCCAUCACCCCGCCCCAUUCUCCCGCUUUCCAUCACCCCGCCCCAUUCUCCCGCUUUCCCUCACCCCAUCCCAUUCUCACGCUUCCCAUCAACCCGCCCCAUUCUCCCGCUUUCUAUCACCCGUCCCCAUUCUCCCUCCUUCCAUCACCCCGCCCCAUUCUCCCGCUUUCCAUCACCCUGCCCCAUUCUCCCGCUUUCCAUCACCUCGCCCCAUUCUCCCGCUUUCCAUCACCCUGCCCCAUUCUCCCGCUUUCCAUCACCCCUCCCCAUUCUCCCUCCUUCCAUCACCCCGCCCCAUUCUCCCGCUUUCCAUCACCCGCCCCAUUCUCCCGCUUUCCGCCCCAUUCUUCCGCUUUCCAUCACCCCGCCCCAUUCACCCGCUUUCCAUCACCCCGCCCCAUUCUCCCGCUUUCCAUCACCCCGCCCCAUUCUCCCGCUUUCCAUCACCCCGUCCCAUUCUCCCGCUUUCCAUCACCCCGCCCCAUUCUCCCUCCUUCCAUCACCCCGCCCCAUUCUCCCGCUUUCCAUCACCCCGCCCCAUUCUCCCUCCUUCCAUCAGCCCGCCCCAUUCUCCUUCCAUCACCCCGCCCCAUUCUCCCGCUUUCCAUCACCCCGCCCCAUUCUCCCGCUUCCCAUAACCCCACCCCAUUCUCCCACUUUCCAUCACCCCGCCACAUUCUCCCGCUUUCUAUCACCCCGCCCCAUUCUCCCUCCUUCCAUCACCCCGCCCCAUUCUCCCGCUUUCCAUCACCCCCCCCCAUUCUCCCGAUUUCCAUCACCCCGCCCCAUUCUCCCGCUUUCCAUCACCCCGCCCCAUUCUCCCACUCUCCAUCACCCCGCCCCAUUCUCCCGCUUUCCAUCAUCCCGCCCCAUUCUCCCACCUUCCAUCACCCCGCCCCAUUCUCCCGCUUUCCAUCAUUCCGCCCCAUUCUCCCUCCUUCCAUCACCCCUCCCCAUUCUCCCUCCUUCCAUCACCCCGCCCCAUUCUCCCGGUUUCCAUCACCCCGCCCCAUUCUCCCGCUUUCCAUAACCCCACCCCAUUCUCCCGCUUUUCAUCACCCCGCCACAUUCUCCCACUUUCCAUCAGCCCACCCCCUUCUCUCUCCUUCCAUCACCCCGCCCCAUUCCCCCUCCUUCCAUCACCCCGCCCCAUUCUCCCGCUUUCCAUCAGCCCGCUCCAUUCUCCCGCUUUCCAUCACCCCGCCCCUUUCUCCCGCUUUCCAUCUCCCCGCCCCAUUUUCCCGCUUUCCAUCACCCUGCCCCAUUCUCCCGCUUUCCAUCACCCCGCCCCAUUCUUCUGCUUCCCAUCAUCCCGCCCCAUUCCCCCGCUUUCCAUCACCCCUCCCCAUUCUCCCUCCUUCCAUCACCCCGCCGCAUUCUCUCGCUUUCCAUCACCCAGCCCCAUUCUCCCGCUUUCCAUCACCCCGCCCCAUUCUCCCGCUUUCCAUCACCCCGCCCCAUUCUCCCUCCUUCCAUCACCCCGCCCCAUUCUCCCGCCUUCCAUCACCCCGCCCCAUUCUCCCUCCUUCCAUCACCCCGCGCCAUUCUCCCUCCUUCCAUCACCCUGCCCCAUUCUCCCGCUUUCCAUCACCCCGCCCCAUUCUCCCGCCUUCCAUCUCCCCGCCCAAUUCUCCCGCUUUCCAUCACCCCGCCCCAUUCUCCAGCUUUCCAUCACCCCGCCCCAUUCUUCCGCUUCCCAUCAUCCCCCCCAUUCUCCCACUUUCCAUCACCCCGCCCCAUUUUCCCGCUUUCUAUCACCCCGCCCCAUUCUCACGCUUUCCAUCACCCUGCCCCAAUCUCCUGCUUUCCAUCACCACGCCCCAUUCUCCCUCCUUCCAUCACCCCGCCCCAUUCUCCCGCUUUCCAUCACCCCGCCCCAUUCUUCCGCUUUCCAUAACCCCGGCCCAUUCUCCCUCCUUCCAUCACCCGCCCCAUUCUCCCUCCUUCCAUCACCCCGCCCCAUUCUCACGCUUUCCAUCACCCUGCCCCAAUCUCCCGCUUUCCAUCACCCCGCCCCAUUCUCCCUCCUUCUAUCACCCCGCCCCAUUCUCCCGCUUUCCAUCACCCCGCCCCAUUCUCCCGCUUUCCAUAACCCCGCACCAUUCUCCCUCCUUCCAUCACCCCGCCCCAUUCUCCCGCUUUCCAUCACCCCACCCCAUUCUCCCGCUUUCCAUCACCCCGCCCCAUUCUCCCGCUUUCCAUCACCCCUCCCCAUUCUCCCGCUUUCCAUCACCCCGCACCAUUCUCCCGCUUUCCAUCACCCCGUCCCAUUCUCCCGCUUUCCAUCACCCCGCCCUUUUCUCCCGCUUUCCAUCACCCCGCCCCAUUCUCCCGCUUUCCAUCACCCCGCCCCAUUCUCCCGCUUUCCAUCACCCCGCCCCAUUCUCCCGCUUUCCAUCACCCCGCCCCAUUCUCCCUCCUUCCAUCACCCCGCCUCAAUCUACCUCCUUCCAUCACCCCGCCCCAUGCUCCCGCUUUCCAUCACCCCGCCCCAUUCUCCCGUUUUCUAUCACCCCGCCCCAUUCUCCCGCUUUCCAUCACCCCGCCCCAUUCUCCCAUCACCCCGCCCCAUUCUCCCGCUUUCCAUCACCCCGCCCCAUUCUCCCGCUUUCCAUCACCACGCCCCAUUCUCCCGCUUUCCAUCACCCCGCCCCAUUCUCCCGCUUUCCAUCACUACGCCCCAUUCUCCCGCUUUCCAUCACCCCGCCCCAUUCUCUCGCUUUCCAUCACCCUGCCCCAUUCUCCCUCCUUCCAUCACCCCGCCUCAUUCUACCUCCUUCCAUCACCCCGCCCCAUUCUCCCGCUUUCCAUCACAACGCCCCAUUCUCCCGCUUUCCAUCACCCCGCCCCAUUCUCCCGCUUUCCAUCACCCCGCCCCAUUUUUCCGCUUUCCAUCACCCCGCCCCAUUCUCUCUCCUUCCAUCACCCUGCCCCUUUCUCUCGCUUUCCAUCACCCCGCCCCAUUCUCCCGCUUUCCAUCACCCCGCCCCAUUCUCCCGCUCUCCACCACCCAGCCCCAUUCUCCAGCUUUCCAUCACCCCGCCACAUUCUCCCACUUUCCAUCACCCCGCCUCAUUGUCCCUCCUUCCAUCACCCCGCCGCAUUCUCCCUCCUUCCAUCACCCCGCCCCAUUCUCCCUCCUUUGAUCACCCCGCCCCAUUCUCCCACUUUUCAUCAGCCCGCCCCAUUCUCCCGCUUUCCAUCACCCCGCCCCAUUCUCUCGCUUUCCAUCACCCUGCCCCAUUCUCCCUCCUUCCAUCACCCCGCCUCAUUCUACCUCCUUCCAUCACCCCGCCCCAUUCUCCCGCUUUCCAUCACCCUGCCCCAUUCUCCCGCUUUCCAUCACCCCGCCCCAUUCUCCCGCUUCCCAUCAUCCCGCCCCAUUCCCCCGCUUUCCAUCACCCCUCCCCAUUCUCCCUCCUUCCAUCACCCCGCCCCAUUCUCCCGCUUUCCAUCACUCGCCCCAUUCUCCCGCUUUCCAUCACAUCGCCCCAUUCUCCUGCUUUCCAUCACCCCGCCCCAUUCUCCCGCUUUCCAUCACCCCGCCCCAUUCACCCGCAUUCCAUCACCCGCCCCAUUCUCCCGCUUUCCAUCACCCCGCCCCGUUCUCCGGCUUUCCAUCACCCCGACCCAUCCUCCCGCUUUUCAUCACCCCGCCCCAUUCUCCCGCUUUCCAACACCCCGCCCCAUUCUCCCGCUUUCCAUCACCCCGCCCCAUUCUCCCGCUUUCCAUCACUCCGCCCCAUUCUCCCGCUUUCCAUCACCCCGCCCCAUUCUCCCGCUUUCCAUCACCCCGCCCCAUUCUCCCUCCUUCCAUCACCCCGCCUAAUUCUCCCUCCUUCCAUCACCUCGCCCCAUUCUCCCGCUUUCCAUCACCCCGCCCCAUUCUCUUGCUUUCCAUCACCCAGCCCCAUUCUCCCGCUUUCCAUCACCGCGCCCCAUUUUCCCGCUUUCCAUCACCCCGCCCCAUUCUCCCGCUUUCCAUCACCCUGCCCCAAUCUCCCGCUUUCCAUCACCCCGCCCCAUUCUCCCUCCUUCCAUCACCCCGCCCCAUUCUCCCGCUUUCCAUCACCCCGCCCCAUUCUCCCGCUUUCCAUAACCCCGCCCCAUUCUCCCUCCUUUCAUCACCCGCCCCAUUUUCCCUCCUUCCAUCACCCCGCCCCAUUCUCCCUCCUUCCAUCACCCCGCCCCAUUCUCCCGCUUUCCAUCGGCCCACCCCAUUCUCCCGCUUUCCAUCACCAUGCCCCAUUCUCCCGCUUUCCAUCACCCCGCCCCAUUCUCCCGCUUUCCAUCACCCCGCCCCAUUCUCCCGCUUUCCAUCACCCUGCCCCAUUCUCCCGCUUUCCAUCACACCGCCCCAUUCUCCCGCUUUCCAUCACACCGCCCCAUUCUCCCGCUUUCCAUCACCCUGCCCCAUUCUCCCUCCUUCCAUCACCCCGCCCCAUUCUCCCACUUUCCAUCACCCCGCCCCAUUCUCCCGCUAACAUCACCCUUCUCGAUUCUCCCGCUUUCCAUCACCCCGCCCCAUUCUCCCUCCUUCCAUCACCCCGCCCCAUUCUCCCGCUUUCCAUCACCCGCCCCAUUCUCCCGCUUUCCAUCACCCCGCCCCAUUCUCCCGCUUUCCAUCACCCCGCCCCAUUCUCCCGCUUUCCAUCACCCCGCCCCAUUCUCCCGCUUUCCAUCACCCCGCCCCAUUCUCCCUCCUUCCAUAACCCCGCCUCAAUCUACCUCCUUCCAUCACCCCGCCCCAUGCUCCCGCUUUCCAUCACCCCGCCCCAUUCUCCCGUUUUCUAUCACCCCGCCCCAUUCUGCCGCUUUCCAUCACCCCGCCCCAUUCUCCCACUUUCCAUCACCCCGCCCCAUUCUCCCGCUAACAUCACCCUUCUCGAUUCUCCCGCUUUCCAUCACCCCGCCCCAUUCUCCCUCCUUCCAUCACCCCGCCCCAUUCUCCCGCUUUCCAUCACCCGCCCCAUUCUCCCGCUUUCCAUCACCACGCCCCAUUCUCCCGCUUUCCAUCACCCCGCCCCAUUCUCCCGCUUUCCAUCACUACGCCCAAUUCUCCCGCUUUCCAUCACCCCGCCCCAUUCUCUCGCUUUCCAUCACCCUGCCCCAUUCUCCCUCCUUCCAUCACCCUGCCUCAUUCUACCUCCUUCCAUCACCCCGCCCCAUUCUCCCGCUUUCCAUCACCCCGCCCCAUUCUCCCGCUUUCCAUCACCCCGCCCCAUUCUCCCGCUUUCCAUCACCCCGCCCCAUUUUUCCGCUUUCCAUCACCCCGCCCCAUUCUCUCUCCUUCCAUCACCCUGCCCCAUUCUCCCGCUUUCCAUCACCCCGCCCCAUUCUCCCGCUUUCCAUCACCCCGCCCCAUUCUCCCGCUUUCCACCACCCAGCCCCAUUCUCCAGCUUUCCAUCACCCCGCCACAUUCUCCCACUUUCCAUCACCCCGCCCCAUUGUCCCUCCUUCCAUCACCCCGCCGCAUUCUACCUCCUUCCAUAACCCCGCCCCAUUCACCCUCCUUUGAUCACCCCGCCCCAUUCUCCCACUUUCCAUCAGCCCGCCCCAUUCUCCCGCUUUCCAUCACCCCGCCCCAUUCUCUCGCUUUCCCUCACUCUGCCCCAUUCUCCCUCCUUCCAUCACCCCGCCUCAUUCUACCUCCUUCCAUCACCCCGCCCCAUUCUCCCGCUUUCCAUCACCCCGCCCCAUUCUCCCGCUUUCCAUCACCCCGCCCCAUUCUCCCGCUUCCCAUCAUCCCGCCCCAUUCCCCCGCUUUCCAUCACCCCUCCCCAUUCUCCCUCCUUCCAUCACCCGCCCCAUUCUCCCGCUUUCCAUCACUCGUCCCAUUCUCCCGCUUUCCAUCACCUCGCCCCAUUCUCCUGCUUUCCAUCACCCCGCCCCAUUCUUCUGCUUUCCAUCACCCCGCCCCAUUCUCCCGCUUUCCAUCACCCCGCCCCAUUCACCCGCAUUCCAUCACCCGCCCCAUUCUCCCGCUUUCCAUCACCCCGCCCCGUUCUCCGGCUUUCCAUCACCCCGACCCAUCCUCCCGCUUUUCAUCACCCCGCCCCAUUCUCCCGCUUUCCAACACCCCGCCCCAUUCUCCCGCUUUCCAUCACCCCGCCCCAUUCUCCCGCUUUCCAUCACCCCGCCCCAUUCUCCCGCUUUCCAUCACUCCGCCCCAUUCUCCCGCUUUCCAUCACCCCGCCCCAUUCUCCCGCUUUCCAUCACCCCGCCCCAUUCUCCCUCCUUCCAUCACCCCGCCUCAUACUCCCUCCUUCCAUCACCCCGCCCCAUUCUCCCGCUUUCCAUCACCCCGCCCCAUUCUCCUGCUUUCCAUCACCCAGCCCCAUUCUCCCGCUUUCCAUCACCCCGCCCCAUUUUCCCGCUUUCCAUCACCCCGCCCCAUUCUCCCGCUUUCCAUCACCCUGCCCCAAUCUCCCGCUUCCCAUCACCCCGCCCCAUUCUCCCUCCUUCCAUCACCCCGCCCCAUUCUCCCGCUUUCCAUCACCCCGCCCCAUUCUCCCGCUUUCCAUAACCCCGCCCCAUUCUCCCUCCUUUCAUCACCCGCCCCAUUCUCCCUCCUUCCAUCACCCCGCCCCAUUCUCCCUCCUUCCAUCACCCCGCCCCAUUCUCCCGCUUUCCACCGGCCCACCCCAUUCUCCCGCUUUCCAUCACCCCGCCCCAUUCUCCCGCUUUCCAUCACCCCGCCCCAUUCUCCCGCUUUCCAUCACCCCGCCCCAUUCUCCCGCUUUCCAUCACCCUGCCCCAUUCUCCCGCUUUCCACCACACCGCCCCAUUCUCCCGCUUUCCAUCACACCGCCCCAUUCUCCCGCUUUCCAUCACCCCGCCCCAUUCUCCCUCCUUCCAUCACCCCGCCCCAUUCUCCCACUUUCCAUCACCCCGCCCCAUUCUCCCGCUAA